AUUAAACUGUCAGUGGAAUUAAAGAAAGAGAUCUCCAUGAAAAAUUGAUUAAAAUUAUAAAGGCUGAUAUAUUGAAGUGCAUCACGAACAUUGUUGUCUUACUGCAGAGCGUGGAAAAAUAUUCCCCCCCCCCCACAUAUAUAUAUAUAUAUAUAUAGAAAAACGUGGAAAUGGCAUAUGUUAGAAAAAAGUUAAUUGAGAUUAUGGAAAAAGGCAUGAAAGAAGGAGAGCAGAUGACACCAGAUGAGAAGCUGUUUAUUCAUGAAGGAAUUGUAUACCCAACUAUCACUUGCAACCCAGAACAGUUCAAAGCUUUGGAGGCCUUCCAAGCCAGGAGUGACGAUGUAGUUCUAGCAGGAUAUUGCAAAUCUGGUACCAACUGGGUUGGCCAGAUUGUUACUGAUUUAGUAAUAACAUCUGCAAAGAAAUAUGAACCAGAGAAGUUGGAUGAAAAACUUCUCCUAGCGGAAUUUCCAUAUCUUGAAAUAGGAGAUACUGAAAAGUAUAAGAGGAUGGAUACUUAUCCUUCCAGGAGAGUGAUGUUUACUCAUCUCCGUCCUGAUAGAUUCCCACCAUCUAUUUUCAAGAACAAAGCCAAAGUACUGAUGCUGAUUCGAAAUCCAAAAGAUGUUGCUGUAUCUUUUUUCCAUUUUUCAAAGAACUUCAGUCCUACUCCUCCCCAUGAUACAUUUGAAGAGUUCUUCCGAGCUUUGAUGAUAGGAAAAAUUCCCUGGGGAUCCUAUAUAGAGUAUCUUUGUACAUGGAACAAGUAUAUUGAUAAAGAAAAUGUCCUGCCAAUAACAUACGAAGAGAUAAAAGAGAACCCAGCUUUAGGAGCCAAAAAGAUUUCCACAUUUCUUGAACUGAACUUAAAUGAGGAAGACUUUCAGGGUGUUGCAGAAAGGAGCACAUUCAAGGCGAUGAAAGAAAAAUCUAAAACAACCCAUGGAGAAUUUGGUGAAGUUCUUUUCCGGAAAGGUGGAGUAAGAGACUGGAAAACACUUUUUAGUGAAGCAAACAACAAGGAGAUGGACACCGUAUUUAAAGAGCGCUUAGAAGGAACCAAAGUGGGAAAAUUGAUAAACUAUGAUCAUUACUGCAAGACAUGAAGCUCAAGGAAAAAAGCUAUCCAUUGUAAAAUAAUUCCAUUCUCAGAAACAAGGCAUUACAUUUACAUUUUAAUAAAUUUAUGAUUUUUAUGUAAUCUCUGCAUGAAAGGGUUAGGGUUAGGGUGGAAUAUAUAUGGAAAUUAUUUCAAGAGUUUACUGACAACAGUUCUAUAAAUUUAUAAGCUAUAAAUGGCUAAACUGCAUUACUUAAUCCUGCUAAUAGCAUAUUCAUUCUUAUUCAGAUUUAUGACAAAGUAUUUUAGAAAUAUAAGACAACUGGAUAGAUGUGAGAAAGAAUGUGACCUUUUAUUGUAUAGAAAUCAACAAGCUCUUAAUCACACCAAUUCUUCGAGCAUACAUAUAUGUUUCUGUGUGUUUAUUCAUACACACUCAUCUACACACAUUUUCAUACAUACUAUUAAAUACUGAAAUCAAUUUGAAAUGUAAUUAUGUAUUGUUCAUUGACAUCUUAAUCAUAAAUCCUAACAGAAAAUUAAUUGAUUGCCUGCUGCCAAUCCGAAUGAUUGCUAGUAACAAGAAAUUACACCAAUACAGGUAGAGAGAAAAGAAGGGAAGCCACCAGGUAGUCACAAAUGAUAAUCAUGUGAUGUUGCACAUAACAAUUACACAGAAGUCAUUUAACAGUGGCAAUGAGAUUUGCCGCAAUUGCUAUCAUAAAUCAGUACAGAGGAUUAGCCAUAACAACAUUCUUUUCUAUGAUAGUCAAGGACACUCAGCUUGCACCUGGAUGGGAGUGACUUGGGGUUGUCUCCCAUUGGGACAUUGCAAUGAUUGGACCAUGUGAUGAACUUGUCGAUGCAGGGAGUGGAUCUCUGACUUUCUUUGGGGUGGGGAAAGAACUGUCAGAUUUGAGUUUUCCCAGAUGUGCCAAUAUGACAUCUCUAAUAAAAUGGAACUUUGUGGAA